AGAGCAGAGGCUCGAAGGUGAGCUUUGACUUUUUCUUUCUCCCAGGAGAAACUGACCGACAAGGACCUGUACUAAACCAGCCACACUAACGAGUUUGUCUUUGAAUGUUGUUUCAUCCUCUGUAUUUAACUUGGCUCGAGUUGGGUUGCUGUACCUGUUUCCCUCUCACCUGCAGAGAAAAAGAAAGUAAAAGCAACAGGUAGGAGAAAGUUUAUAAAGCGGCGAAAAUAGGAUUGGAGGGGAUUUUCUACCUGGGCAACACAGUGACAGGUAAGAAGAUAUUUUCUCCUGACCUACAAGCUUCACUCUCAGCACACUGGCAUUGUCCAUUAUUUCUCAUAUCCUAAACCUGUAAACUGAACGUCUUUUUGUUUCACCAUUACAUGAGCUGUUGUCGUUGUUGCUGUUGUUCCUGCUGCCUCCUGUCUCUCUCUCACCCUCGUUCCCUACUCUCUCUCCCUCCCCCUCCCUCUCCAUACUAAUUCUCUCUCGCCUUUCCCCUAUCUUGCUGUCUCUCUCCCUCCCCCUGUCCUCUCCCCCUCUCCCCUCUUCUCUCUACAUUCCUCCCCAACCCAGCAGCGGCAUGGUGGCUGUCUAGCAUGAGUCUGGUCCUGCCCAAGGUUUCUGCCUGUUAAAAGGAAGUUUUUCCUUGCCACUGCUACUCAUGUUAGUUGAGAUGGGCCAAAACCCAUCUUAGGUUGGUUCUUGAUCAUCAAACAAUGAGCGUGGUCUCGACCUGCUCUUGUUCUUUGGAAAGCGUCUUGAGAUGACGACUGUUGUGAAUUGGCGCUAUAUAAAUAAAAUUUGAUUGAUUGAUUGAUUGACUGGCAGGUAUUUGUCUUUAUAAUCAAACUUUGAAGUGUUUAAUCCUGUUGUAGACAAAUUAGUGAUAGCUAUGGCGCUCAUGUGUUUAUACAGCAGAAUAUUUGGUGUUCCUAUCAGCACACUCUUCUAAAACUCUCCUAGGCUAUAUAAACCAGAUCCUGACAGGUAUAAAGGUUAAACUUUGAUAUCUCAUCAUACCUUAAAUUAGAGAGGAGAUGUUUCCUCACUCGAAGUGAUAUUGUCACAUGUUUUGAUUAUAUUAAUUCCAUUGAUAUGAGCCUAUUUGAUUUCCAUAGAUGUAUCUUUGAACAUUAUUCGUCAUAGAAAUAUAAGUUUAUUUUAUAUGAAUGUGUUUGAAGUGACAUUGUGGUGUGUGGUAUACAAUGGUAGUUCCAUGCAGUGGCUUCCUCGUUUUUUUUUUGUGUCAAAAAUAUCUAAUCACAUUUCUUCAAACCUGCCAAGUUCAUAAUCUCUCAUAAAUUAUUAAAAAUUUUAAUAAAUUUGUGUCUAUAACAUGUCAGAGAUAAUAAUAGUUAAAUUAGUUUCAGUUUACUAAUAACUUGUUUUGUAGAGGAAAAUAAGUUAAAGGCAUAGUCAUCCUGGUGUAUUGUACAAUUACAACACAACAUUGCAUACUCAUAUUUAUACAAGAAUUACUGUGUGGGACUCAGUAAAAAAUCAGAUUUUAAGUUCCAUUUUUUAAUGGUAAAAGGGUUAUAUUUAACAAAUGUUGUCCACCUUUCUAAAGAGGUCUGCUCCUUCUAUCUUUGCUCAAAGGGCCUGAAUAAAUGAUUAACUUUUAUAGAUCCGACAUUGCAGUUUUAUUUAACACGAUUAGCACUUGCAGUGGAGAGUACCUGUUUUACUUUACAACAAGGCCUUGAGACUGCAAUUCAUCAUUAAAAACAGGAAAAACAAACCGCUGGUUUAAGGGAAAGUAAAAGUAGUUUUGCAGUUAGAAACCUGUUGUUUAGAGAUAAGGAAUUUAACCCUUUAGAGACUCGGCUAAACUGAGAGACACUUUCUAUCUAAGGCUGCAUAAAGUCUAAAAAAUAUUAUUUAAAAAACCAAACCAAGAAAUCAGUCAAAAGCUUCAGUAUAAAAUUGUAUUAAAGUCUUUAGCAGUGGUUUUGAACAUCUUCCCAACAUUUCUCACUUCUGUCUCCUCUUGUGUUGACAUGAACUACACAGCCAAGUCUUUUGUUGUCAGUAAACAAAACUGCCCCUCCUGUCCUUUUCAUGACUCUCACCACUCAAACCAGCAACACUCCUGAGCCACUGAGCCAAAAGAAAAGAUAGUAGGUGCAAAAUUCUUCUUCUGACUGUAAUAUUUGAUGUCCUUUUUCUCACAGUUGGAUUGUUUUUUGAUGGAUCAAAAUGUCUGAAAAGAUGGAGAACCCUUUGGAAAACUCAGACAAGGAUAGAGUGUCCCUCAAGAGCAAUGAUCAGUCACCAGGUAAAGGUGCCGUGAAGGAGACGCUGGUUAGGCUUCAGUCAUUCAGGAGGAGUAUCCGUGAAGCAGCAAAGAAGAGCCCACUGUCAUCAGGAGGCAAGGGGGAAAAGGUCACACCCAAAAAAGACACAGAUGAUGAUGAUGAGCCCAAGUUGAAACCGCCUCCAUCACCCAGUAAGUACCAUACUGGUUUCUAUGAAAACUCCCUUAUAACAGGAACUGAGGGGUUAUGUGGCAUCUUGAGGUCAAAGGGUGGGGAAGUUGGGGUGUGCACAAGCAGAAGCCUCCUGAAGAAGAAAACUGCAGUUCAUCUUAUGGCCACUAGAGGCUGGGCUGAGAUGUGAGCUAGUCCCCAUAAGAGCUCAUAUUAAAAUUUUAAACUUUACAGCAAAGUUAGGUAAGUUCUCUUUCCAGGAUAAGAAAACAGAUCAAUUUUAUACAGCUUGUUUGUUCAAGUUGUCUUCAACUUUUGCAGUAAGUUGCAUGGUUAUUUAAUGAAAUUAAGACACUUAACUGAUUCGUAUCUUGGUGUCAUUGUGUCUGAAAAAAAGUCGAGAAUUUAACAUGUUACAGGAAAUUUGGUUUUCAUCAUUUCUUUGCACUCUCUCAUACGUCAAAACUGUUUUUCGGUUGCUUGGUGGUUUGGUUUGAUCUUACCAACGAGUGCCAACAAGGGUAAUAAAAGUUGACUCAUGGCAUGUCCACGCCAUGCCAACAGACACCAAAGGGGUGGUCUGUUUGUUGUAGCAUCGGUGGUAGUUUAGUGUUCAACUUGGACCUCAGUGACCUCCCCGGACCUCCAAAUAUAAGCCAAUGAAUGUAAGCCCAGAAUUCUACCACCCACUUUGUGUGUGUGUGUGUUUGUUUGUGUGGUAGUCAGUAAAAGCUACAGCGUGGGAAGAAUCAGAAAUCAUAACAGAGCUGUUUUUUUUUCCUUUGGUAGAAAACCAUCAUUUAGUUUUUACAAUAAUAAAACAUGUUUUGAUGACAUGGUUGAAAUAAUGCUGUGUCCUCUCAGACAUUUGAGUUUUGGACACUGACACUAAAUUUAAAAAUGUGACAUGGGAUUAGCUUAAAUUCUUAUCAACAGUGUGAUGGUUUUGUCCAGCCUUGGUCAUAUAAAGUCUUUAUGUGGAUAAAUCAUGAACUUGAAUAUCAUUAGAAAUAGGUGAUUACACGUAAGUUAACUGGAUCUGUAUAUGAAGCAAUGUGCUGCUCUGUCCUUGUGCCGUUCUUAAAUUUGAUGAUUGUGGGGGUUUUUUCACGUUUUCCAGAGACAUUGUGAUAAUAUUGUGAUAUUUUCUGGCCUUAAUAAUCGUCAGAUGAUAAUCUAAUAUUGUGAUGAACCAAAGACCAUUUCUUACCAAAUGAGUUUCAGUUUGUGUUAAAAAUGAACAUUUUAUCAUGGGACCUAUUGGUGUCGCCUUUACUUCUGCAGCCAGCCUCUAGUGGACAGUCAAGGAACUGCAGCUCUUUGCACUCCUGCAUUGCCCUCACUUUUUAACAUCGAAGAUUGUAGAUAUAAAAUCCCUAUUGUUAAUGAAAAGCCCUUUUUAAUCUUUUAGCUCACUCCUCCAUCUCCUAAACUUCUGUCUGAUUACAUGGAAGUCUUACUCUCUUCUUACAGUUUUGUUUAGCUCCCUGGUUUCUAAAAGUCUUCGCCUUUUGUUAGCAGAAACGAAAGACAGUUAUCUUUAAAACUUUCAAAUAUUUAUUCUGGAGCUGAGCCAGUCUGAUGCCUGUUUUCAUCAACCCUUCAUUAAAGCGUUUCUUUGCCCGUUGAAGGUGACUGUAAGGACAGAUCUCUGCCAAGUCACGCUCACAUGACUCAACAUGAACUUGAAAACCAAAACCUAAUCAGCUUUUUAAAGCUCUGAGAUUUCUGACAAAGAAAGAUGCGAUUGUGAAACGAGGACUCAUGGGGAGAAUUUUCAGAGCUGUUGGUUAUCUCCCUCUCUCUCCGUCAGGCUUGAGUGCCGGCUCUCCUGUGACCUCUCCCAUUAAGAGCUUGGGAGGCCUUUUCCAGAAGAAAGACGAAGAGGAUGGGGGCACCACUUCACCGAAAGGCAGUGGUCUCUCACGCUCACUGACAGGUUAGAUUAGAAACUGGACUUUUCCACAAUUUUCUCAUUUUUGUGUGAGCUGCAGGCCCUAUCUUAAACUCUGUGUUUUCCAUCUCAGCACCGCGGAUCGGUGAGUCCCUCAUUAAUAGAGGCAACUCCAUCUACAGAAGCUUAAGAUUAGGCUCGAAGAGAGACAAAAAUAAAGCCUGCAGACCGGGGCUGGAGAACAUCUUUCCUGAAAGCUCAUUGGAGGAGAAGAAGGAGGAAAAGGUGGAGGAGGAGGAGGUGUGUGAGGAGAUUGAGGAGACGUAUUCACUGCCAGAGUUACCUCACACACCGCUGUCAGGUACAGACACUUCGAUUUCUGUUUGGAAACAUGUUUACAAAAGUUUAGUUUUCUGAAAUCAUGAAAUCACCUUUAGCAUCUAUGUCAUCUAUGUUUUUAGAUGUGUUGACUUCUUGAGGGCAGCAAUGUGAAGCUCUUUGGGACUUUAUUCUUUUGAUCAGGGUACAGCUAUCUUGUGUUGAUUUAAAUAACUCAAAAAUGUGAUUAUUGGCACAUCCAGCAGGUACCUAGCAACAGUAUCAUACAUUUUCCAACAUCCAGCUCUUUAGCUUCUGAAAGUCUAAAAUCUUAUAAACUGCGCUGAGGAAAGGUGCCACAUUUACUGCUUUGAAUACAACCUUUCCCCACAGUGUUCCCAGACACAGUCUUUCUGUUGGUACAUUCAACUUUCCUCUUUAUCGUCAUUUGUUUUGGCAACAGAAGCAGUCUAAGAUGGCAAUCUCAGUCCUGCUGUAAAUACACAGAGGUUCAGUUUGCUGGUAGGAACUGACGCUCGCUUGAGUUUUUGAACUCAAACUAUGUGGAUGUGUCAGUGAACGCACAGAAGGAAAUAAAGUGUCCUUGCUUGCUCCUCUGUUGUCUUUACUCCUCUGUUAUUGCAUUGAAGUGAGAUGUUAAAGGGUUUUCUGUUUCGCAGUGAUGCAGAUCAGUAACCUGAUUGAGAUGGAGGUGUUGGAGGAGGCCUACCUGAACCUCCUCGCUCUGCGGCAGGAGUUCCAGCAGGAGCAGGAGAGCUGCAGCGAGGAUUCUCCAAUGGAGCUCGCCAAGAAGGAGAAAGACCUGAACCUCCUCUACAGGGCCAUGAUGGAAAAGAUUUGCACCAUCGUACGCGACUCUAACUCUCUUCCCUCCAGAAACAAAGGGCUGCUGGUGUAUGUGGCUCGUAUCAUCCAGGAGGAGGAGCGGAGAGCGGAGAAACCUGGCGGACUCCCUGACAGCUGGAUGGACGCCUGGAGGGAGGCGGUGUGCGAGGGGGUGCAGGUGAAGGUGAAGGGUGUUCACCUGGAACAGAAGGAGCAGAACACCUCCUGGUUGUCGGUCCACCUGGGCCUGCUGGGGAAGGCCAUCGUGGAGGAUUUGGAGAACGUGAGGAAGCAGCUGCGGUGGUCGUACCCCCCGAGUUUUAAGGUGUUCAGCACCUACGUGAAGAGUUACCACAGAGUCGUCAGGGAGCACCUGAAGAAGCUGGAGGUGCAGGUGACGGAGCUGAAAGAUCUGUACGCUCUGCUGGAUUGGAUCAUCCACCGCUACAAGAGGUCAGUGAACACAGACAGACGGAUCAUAGUUAGCACAGACAGGUAUGUUUAAAUGAGACAAUGUUGUUGUUGUUUACCAAGUUUGCAGCCUGACAGCAUCUCUCCUCAGACAUGUAGCGACACGUUUCCAGGACUGUGCUGUGUCGACUGAAUGUUGUUGACAAUUUUCUUAUCUCAACCACAACAGCGAGAGGAUCAUGGGAAGUCCCUCUCUACAGCCGGACAUGACGGAUGAGAGCACCGAUCUGCAGCUGGAGGAUGACUUCCUGAAGCAGCUGAUGGAGAAGUACUGCAGCAGAGUCAGGGUGAGGAGCACAGAGACUAAACCAGGCUGAGGCUUUCAAGAAAAAAAUGUUUGAGGCUGUUUCCAGAAGUGUUUUCUUCUACUGUGUGUUCAGCGCUGGUUCUCAACUGUCCAGAAAAUAUCUUCAGGGAAACUGAAAAAACAAGACGAUCUCUUUCAUAAAUUGUAUUUUCAACUGCAGGAGGACAUGAAGUUUUCUCUGGGCCGACUCAUCGAGCUUGAAAAUGAGGACUUUUGGAGUCAUAGAAACUCUCCAAAAAAGGAAGACAACUUCCUCGUCUGUCACAUUAACAUGGAUAUCUGGACGGUACGGCGCUGCUCUGCCCCUCACCAGAUACACUUCUAUACACCAAUUUGCAGUUUUAAUCAUACUUAGGAAAGGUUAUGUGUCCUUUUCAUGUCUUUAUGCAGCCUGAUCAAAGAUUUGUGCUUUUAUUUUGAAGCACUUUUAAUAAUCCAAUACUUUUUGACCUGAAAAUCUUUUGAGGCUUAUUAACUAACAAUCAUCAACUGUAUAAAUUUGAAAUGGUAAAAAAAUGACGUUGAAAUUAUUGCUAAAGCCAUUUUUAAGUAUGUGGCUGAAUAGUCUUAAAUUAACAAAAUUUUAUGUCUAUAUUUUGUGUAAUUUUGUUGACGUGUGUUUUUUGCUUACAAUUUUUUAACAGUCCUUUCAGACUCAAAUAACUUCAAGAAUAGUAGGCUAGAUGGUUGAUGGAUGAGUUGUUGUUAGAGUGAGAUAUCAUUUGUAAUUUCAUUUUAGCUAUUUUGAAAUAUUACACUUAUUUGACCACAAGGGGGCAUCAGAGAGCCUCCUACUGCUACACUUGCAAUAUUUCAUGCUGUUUCUGUUUCUCUCCACAGAGAGUGAAAGGAAGUGUUGACCUGUCCAAAAAUAUUGAUGCUCAGCUGGCUCAGAGAGUGAUUUCCUCCUGCCUCAAAGAGCUGAAACAGUUCCCCAAGAGGUCGGUUCAAAAAAAGAUGCAUGACAUCUUUUGAUUUAUCAGACAUAUUCAACAACAUCAGGGAUCACGGCAGUCAUAAUUUACCCCAAGAGGAAGCCGGUUAUUUGUCCUAAUCGGGCAGAUUAUAAAUAUUUGAUACAGAAGAGAACUCACAUUUGGCUGCAGGGUCAUCAGACGCAUCUCAGAGAGGAAGAGUUUCACUUAUGGUUCCUUCAAGAUAAAAUAAAACAGAAAUAGAAACACGUAAGUGACACUAAAGAUCCAACACAACUCAUUUCAAGUCCUAAUCUCUCUUCCCCCUCAGGUAGAGACAAGUCAAAAGUUCUUUCCUCAGACUAUUAACACAUACUCCUCAGACAAGAACAGACUCCAAGAACAGCAAAGAAUCAUAAUCAAAUCAUUCAUUUUUUCCCUGAGGAUGACUUUGGUGUGACAGUUGAAUAAGUGACCCUGUAAGCUGGAGUUUUUCAGCCUGUUACUAUGACAACCAUAUCAUCAUUCAGCCAGAAGUCACAAGUAUACAGAUAUCUCACUUGUGCAUGCGCAAUUUAACUUAAAUAUCACAGGUGGCACAGAGGGAUGAGUGACGGCAGCUCCCAUAGUUUGAAAAGGAUGAUUAAUUAAUCCAGUUGUUAUGCAUUUUAAUUGUUCGCCCGCUCUAAUAUUUAUCAGACUGGGGGAAAAACCCAAGAUCUGUAAAGUCACAAGUUUAGAGGAGGAAAGUAUCACCUGAUGAAACAAGAAAAGGAAAAACAAGCAUUUAUUGAAAAAGCAUCAACACAGAAGUAAAAUAGGGAAGAGUGGAAACAUCAGGGGGGCACCCGCCUGCAAGAAAACACCAAAACAAACCAAAAAACAGGAUCCUUCCUUUCGUGCAAUAACCGUUAUUGUGUGACUUUCCUCUUGGGUAAUAUGAGAAUAUUCUGUAAGCUGGUGCAUGACUAACUUUGUCUUUAACCGAAUUACACAACUUACUUCUGCUGCUGCUUUGCGUUUAGAGAAGCACCUGAGGAUCAUGUGGCCUCUUCAGACGCUCUUAGGCUCAUAAAAAUGUUCCAAUUAAUGUGAUUUAUUUCCUCUAUCAGACCGUGUUCUGCAGCAGCAGCAAAUGAUACACCAGACAUGAGAAUUAAGCAAUAAGGAGGUAGAAUUGCUCAACACUAGAUUGGAAAAAAGAGACAUAGAUGAAUGGCAAACAUGCAUUUUUUGGAUUCGGUUCAGAUAGUGUAACGUGUCUGUCAGCUUGUCCACCCCCUGUGGGACUGUUUUUUUAAGCUGAAGGGCCUCAUGGGUAAAUCCGAUCCACAUGUUUGUGGAAUGUGAGUUAGAGCAAUAAGGAUUUUUCCCUGUCUCUGUUGUUUGUCUUCUCUCACCGAGUCUCUCUUUUCUCCUCUGCAGAUUUGAAACAGAGUUCAAGAACCACUGCGGCGCUCUCAAACCACAGCCUCUCUGGACCGAGUAUCACAUAACCUACAUCAACAGCUUUACAGCCUUACAGUAAGUCACGUGACUGCCUGGAAUACCCAGAAGGCACCUUGGUAAAGGACCUUACCCUACAGCAAUCAGCAAGCUGUCUGAGGUUAAAAAUAUGAGGCUAAAAUCAGGACUGGUUUUAGGAGCUCCAUCUGAAAUGCUUUCAGUUUGGAUGCAUGGUAAGCAGAAUGAUAGAACAAUAAAAUUUCUCAUAUAUUAAAAUCCUGAUAGCAGUAGGUAAUUACAUGCAUUUGUUGCUACUUUUAUAUCAAUUUAAAGGCACCAUAGAGAACUUUUAAUUAAAGCUCCUGUGAGCAGGUUUUUAGUGAAAUCAGCUGAAAUUCAUGCUGGUGUCUUUUUAUGCUGCACUAAAGCAAACAAGCCCCUCAGUAAGAGGAUUUGCCAUUUUUAUAUUGUAAUUUGAAAAUCUAAAACAAAACAAAGACAACAGACAAGAAAUAAAAGAUAUGUCUUCCAUGUAUUUGCUUUACAUAACAAAUGCAUGCCAGGAUACCAAGACGCUGCUAGGAUCACGUUACAUCAACAUUAAAAUCCCUUACUGUGCCUUUAACUGCCAAAAACGUUAUCUCAAACCUUUUUGGCGCCCCCUGUGUGCAAAGCAGUACCUCUUAUCUCUUUGUUUAUCUUUUUCUCUUCGUCAAAGUUUUGUUCCUGUCUUUUAACAUUCAAAUACAUCACUUUUUUUAGAUUUUUCCUUGGAGAAUAUUAUGAAGAGCCUCAUGCUAAAGAGGAGCGUGAUGUUGAGAUGAGAUUUAAAGGGGCUAAAAAACAAUAGUACAGCCAGUCAACCAUCAUUCAUUAUUAUUUUCUAAAUUAUUUAACUUAUUUAACAUUAAAUAAUUAAAAUUUACCCUGUAUUUUAAGCAUGUCUGUGUUUUAAAUAAUGUGAAACCUGUCCAACUUGUGAAGCCUGGUUAAAAAAAGAACAGACAGAAAAGAUAGUAAAGAGAGAAUUGAACGGAUGUUGAGAUCAUUAGAGAGUAGCGCUUUUGUCUGUGUGAUUUCAUCUUUGAGCUAUUCAGGACUUCACUUGGGAUUUUCCAGGAUCCGUGCCAGCCUAGUUUUUGUGAGACCUCUCUGUCAGAGCUGCAGAGCUGCAGGGCUGCAUUCCCUCUCUCAGGCUGGGAGUUGUUUGGAGACCAUGUCCUUGAUAUGCACAGCACAGACUGAUGGCAGACCCACUUGAGAUGAGGUCACGCGUGUGAGAUAAAAUUAAAGUGCCAGCCAUGGAAAGGGUGUCAAGUCACGUGAUUUCUGUGAAGCGAGGCAGUGAGGGAGAAACUCUGCUCUGUUAAAAGUCAAGGGAAAGAGAAAGUAAGCUUGCUAAACCUCAAAAAAAACCCUCCAGCUGUGUUUGUCUGUCACAAAAACAGAUGUGGGUUGGAGCUCGGUUGCUGAAAGACAUUAAUUUAAGCCAUGAAGCGUGGGACCGGGUUCAAAACUUGUCUUAUCUUGAAUCUCUUGCUGUUCAGAGGUUUCAGCAGCACCACUCUCACAUUAGACCUCUCAGUCUUUGAGGUUUUCGUUCUGUAGUCCAUGGUAUUUACUAAAUGUAUGCAGAAGUAAAACCACUCAAAUGUUGCACCUGCAUUUCUAAAAUUGUGUUUCCAUGAAUAUACAUGUCAAGUUUAAUUGUUUCCAAUUCAUCUUGUGGAAUUGGCCGGGGCCUUUGUGCAUCUCCCUCCCUUUUCCUGUCGUCUAUCUCUGCUGUUGCUAGACGACAAAGAUAAGAUGGACUAAAUUUAUCCAGAGGGAAAAUUCUUGCAGAAGAGUUCAGCCCAAUGUAGGAAAGAGAAAACAUACCGAUCUAGUAGUAUAGUUAUUUAAAAUGCAAAAUACACAUAAUGCCAGAAAUAUGUCAAGGUUAAUGUUAAUGUUGUAAAGGUUGAAUGUAUUAGAAGACUCAUCCUGAUAUUGAAACGUAUGAAAUUGUUGAUUGACUCAGAAAACAAUAUAUAGUAUAACUGCUGGGAAGUACCAGAAACAGACACAAUAAAGUCUUAUGAGAAAGAAAAGAUGAGAUGCAAAAAGUGCAGUGAGAUGAGAUCAAAUGAGACUAGUACAACAAGGUGAGACAAGAUGAGAUGAGAUAACGAUUGCUGAGUUAAGGUGAGGUACGGUAAUAUGGGGUUUGAUUGCAUGAGAUGAGAUGAGGUUAAAUGAGAUGAGAUCAGAUAAGACAAGGUGAGAUGAGGUUUGGUGUGUUACAGUAAAUGAGAUGAAAUGUGAUGAGGUGAAUAAAGAUGAGGUAAAAUGAGAGAGGGUAAAAAGAGGUUAGUGAGCUGAGAUGAGGUGAGAUCAGAGAGGAUAAAGUGAUAUGAGGUGAGAUGAGACAUGAUGGAGUGAGGUGAGAAAGGCUGAGGUAUGUUGAGAUAGUUUGAGAUAUGGUGAGGUGAUGCAAACUGAAAAAAGAUGAGAAAAGAUGAGACUAGACAACAGGUGGGAUGAGAUGAGAUGAGAUAAGUGAUGAGUUGAGGUGAAGUACGGUAAGGUGUGGUGUGAUAGUAUGAGAUGAGAUGAGGUAAAAUGAGAUAAGAUCAAAUAAGAUGAAGUGAGAUGAGGUUUUUGAGGUCAGUGAACUGAAAUAAAGUGAGAUCAGAGAUGAUAAAGUGAUAUGAGAUGAGACAUGAUGGAGAAAGGUGAGAAAGUAUGAGAUACAUUGAGAUGGUUAAGGAUAUGGUGAGAUGAUGUGAACUGAAGUAAGAUGAGCUAAGAUGAGGUGUAUUUAGGUUUUCUGAAUUUUGUUAAUGAACAGGAACUGAACUGAGGACAAAGUAUUUGAUUUAUCAGAUUUUCUACUAUGUGACUCAUAGAAUGAGAUAGUGAUGAUACCAAAAUGACCGGUCUCAGUGGGCUGAAGUUUGGGCUUGGGCAUCCAGAGGGAGCUUGGGGUACAGAUAAGGAUGUCUGUAGAUGCUUUUUUAAAAGGUUUUUGAAGGAGACCCCGGGGUAAACCCAGAGCGUGCUGGAGGGUUUAUAUGAUCUUAUCUGGCCCGAAAGACGAGGAGGAGUUUGGAAAGGAUGCUGAAAACAAAGCUGCUAAUGUGGACUUCAUGGGCCUGCUGCCACCAUGACUCAGCCUUGAAUUAGCUCAAGUAAAGUGUUGGAUAGAAGGGAGAAGAAAGGGACCUUGGCUUCAGAUUCAACUCAGAUUCAGUUCAAAUUCACAGGCUUUUACUUUGAGAAGACUCCUGCAGGGAAAAUCUGAGUCGUAUGUUUGUCGUUACUCCUAAAUGUGACGAAAUGAUAGGGUUUGUUCUUGUGCAAGCAUUCUUGCUGGAGGGUGCUGGAGCAGUUUUGGCAGGUUAUUCCUCUUUUUUUGCAACUUGUUUAAAACAGCAAACUCAACCUGUCCUCCCACAUGUAAUUACUUUCCGUUGAGGGGCCUCAUUGCCAGACUUCGAGUCUGUUUUCAUACCUUAGAAAUACUCCCACAGGUUUCAGAACCAACACAGUCCUCCUGAAGAUUUUGCGAAGAAGUGUAGGCCCCCCCAAACCUCAGCUCUUAACAGGGAAAGUACCCAAAUUUUUGUCCAAUCAUGCAGAGAUUUAUGAUGAGAAAACUUUUGUUAUGAUUUCCUUUUUUCUUGGUUAAAGGGUAUAUUAAAGUUAAAUUUUAUCUUCAAACCUCAGCGAGGGUCGCUCAGUUCCUGUCGUGUUUCCUCCUGCAGGGGACACAUGGAGGAUUACCAGCUGGAGUGUCCUCAGGAGACGGAGGAGUUCAGAAAAGAAGUAAAAUGGCUGAUUGUCCGACUCUCUCAGAACCUGGAGGACCAAUACAAAGAGGAUGUCACGGUAAAAUAACAACACAGUAAAUCAAAUCCAGGCUAUUGUAGGUCAAAGUAAAAACUGUGCCCUCAUCAUUUCUGUUCUCACAUGAAGAGAGGUCAUUUUCUUUUCUGGUUUCUCAAAGGGGAAUUGAAAACGACAGGUUCCUUUUUUCCUCAAACUCUGACGAUGAUCACAGGUGCUUUUCAGGAAGGCAUCAAUUUUACUGUUUCGCUUCACCAAAGAGCAGACACAUGAGUUAAAGAUGAAAUUAAUUCAGACAUUUUAAGGUUUCAAGAGCUACAUGUUGAAGGUUUAAGAGUCGGCGUUGUGUUCCAGAGGAUGUAAGAGGUCGAGAAGAAGCAAUAAAUUGUGUUGUUUUUUUUUCCCCCUAGCCCUUCCUGAGGAGGAUGAUGACGAGGAAGUGGCUCACCAAUGAGGAGGACUUUAAGAAUCUUCACAAUCGGACAGAGCUGCUGUCUCAGCACUGCGCUGUUAUGAGGCCUCCGUAUGCCCAGGUGAGGAAGUGGAAAAGGAAAAGGAAGAGAGUUAGAAGAAGUCAGCAGUCCCUUUCACUCAUGAACUAAACAGGCCGGAUAUUUUCAGGGACAUUCUGUCCACGUAUGUGCAGCACACAAGGACAUUAUCUGUCAGUUGUGGCCCUUAAACUUAAAAUACUUUAUUUUUAGUAAGAAGGGCGAGUGGUCGGGGCAUUCAGGCGUGGAAGGCCAUCUCCACCAAACAAAUGCAAAAGCACCAUUAAAGUUACUGCCAAUAAAUCCCUGUACCGAGUCUUGUUAAAAAAUAGACAAUGUUUUGGAGGUUGUCUUACAGAAAAGCAACCUGUGUUCCUGCUUUCCUCCUUUUACUCUCACCAAGUCUGCAUCUAUCAUUCAAGAACAGACUGUAAACACUGGUACAGUCACAGUGUUCAGGAUAUUAGACAUUAGCCACGUUUACAUGCAGACUUUUUUCUCAUUCGGAUUAUAAUCAUUCCGAUUGAAGCUCCCAGGCGAACUGUUUACAUGGAAGCGAUCUAUUCUGAUCUGGUGUUUACAUGUGCCACGGCAUUCAAUCGGAACAGCUAUUUACAGACAUGUGAUACCUUCAAACAUCACGUGAUGUUGUCACGUGAUGUUGUCACAUGAUGUCCCACCAUGUGAGUCAUACGUCACUGCUUGUUUACAUCAGGACAGAGCAUGCGCAGACAGAACCCAGCCUGACAACUUUCCGAUUCACCGUUUACAUGACAGGAUUUUGCUUUUAUCGGAAUGGGAAAAGGAAUAUUCUACCCCUGUGAAUCGGAAUGAAAUUCCAUUCGGAAUGGGCCUGUUUAUUCCGAAUGAGGUGUUUAUAUGGAGCAUUUUCAUUCCGAUUGGGCUUCUAUUCCGAUUCUAUUCGGAAUAUUUGGCUCCAUGUAAACGUAGCUAGAGUUUGUCACCGUAGGUUGUAGGAGGGUUGUCCCCGACUGUGAGCUAAAUUAAACCGUGAGUCAGAUGGUGAUGACCAACAGCAUGUUUUAAGACAAAACCACGGUCACAGUGUCGUGUUUUAUAACGAUCCGGGACUGGCAGUGGUUACUCCAAAAUAUCUGAGUGACUGGUAAUUGUGUUAUUGGCUGUAGAUAAUGAACACAGAAAUUCACUCAAAAAAGUGAAUGUAAUAGGAGGAAGAGAGGACGCUCCCUCUCAGAGAGGAAGAAGAGCUAAAUAAAUGUUUCUCUUCAGACACUGUUUACACUUAAAGGUCACUGGACUCCCCCUGGGCCCACUCACAGCUUUUUUCCUCCCACCAAGUCUGUCCUAAAUGUCUCCAAAACUAAAGAGUUCAAAUAUAUUAAAAAAUCACCCUUUUAAAGACCCACUCUGAUGAAAUAAUGUGUUUCUUGUUGCGUACAUGUUCAUAUGGCAUUUUCUGAUGCUACAGGACAUAUCAUGAGAAAACUAAAUGCAAAAUUGCUUUUCUGAGUAUUUCUUUAUUCAAAUCACUGUGAAUCUCGCAGGUUCAGAAACAGUGAGAUUUCAUACGUAACCAAUCCAAGCUCCACCCCUGGAGCCCCGCUGUUAAGGCCUUACUCUGCAUAUAGAGGAGAAAUAGAGAGGACGAUCUCGGAACAAGUGUGCAAGUUAGCGGAUUGCAAUGUUCAUACGAAAGCUAACUAUGAUAUUAACUUCAUCAUGUCCCCAAAGACAUAAGUGUCCGAGGGCUGAAUAGCUCCUAUGUCACCUGCUACUUCUGCUACACCGGCAAUGUUAGUGUGUAGAGCAGCGCUGUCUCUGCCCACGACUCAGAGGUGAAUUGCUAAUGAGAUACUGGAGCUCUGCAGAAAAAAAGUCCUUGAAAAUGACACAGGUAACGUGAUUUUUGGUAAAAACUUCAUAAUCAUGAUUGAAAGAUGACUGAGAAGACUUUAAGUAGUUCAAAAAAACAAUCAGAGUGGGACUUUAAAGCGUGUGCAGAAAGAAAAAAUGGGCUAGAACGGUUCUGUAUGUGUGAAUGAGGCUUCCAGGCUUUUUGCAGCCUGCUUUACUUGAGGAAGUGAACUUUAUACUUUAUAUACUUUUGGAUUGGCUUUAUAUUUCAACACCAAAAGUUGCCACUUGUUGAGGAUGCAGGUGGAUGUGAAUGGAGUCUGCAAAUGGUGUCAUGGAAAAGGUGCAGCUUUUUUGCAUCUCUCUCGGAAAGCACCGAGAGCUCAGGGUCAAUCUCACUGCUCAUAGUUCGGGUCGUAUCAAUGUGUAGGCAGUGAAGAAAACAGAGGACUGGGGACUGACUGCACAGCCAUGGUAAAGUGUGGAUUAGAAAUGUUACAAAAUAGAAAAAUGGACAAUUUUCCAAUCACCCUAACUUUUAGAGAGGCUUUUACUUUGGGGGUCGGUAAGAAAAAGUCCACCCUUGGUUGCAUCCUUCUGGAGCAACGUUGGAAAGUUUUCAGGAGUGUAGUGCAUGUGUGAAAGGAGCUAUGGGGAGAUUCCAACUCUCAUUAAUCACUUACAGUACAAGCCAAAUCAUUUCUCUAACAGGAAAGACCCCCCACCUAUUAAUGAGGAUUUAAUUCAUGCUUUGGAGUGGGAUAUGAGCCAAGAAAGCUUCCAGUCAGGAUCAAAGAUUUAGCGGCACUUAUCUUCUCCCGGUCAGACAAAUCAAGCACACUAUAUCUAAUCAGCUUCAACAAUGACUCCAAUGUUUGGCUGUGAGUGAUUUAAAGAGGGAGAAGGUGCAGAUCAUAGAGUAAAAGUUUCAUUUUAGUGAUAAGGCUCUCGAAAUCUUAUUAAUGACUCUUGAGGUCAGGAGGGAAAUCCGUAUUUGCUUUUUUUUGUCUUGGAAGUUCCAGUGAAUCAAAUUUGGCGUCAUUGUUCUGGAGCUGGAUGCUGUGACUACAGACAACUUAAAAAACGAGGGGGGUCAAAUCCUGGCAACAGGAGCGAAAUGAAUAGGUGGAAGUGGAGGUGUUAGCGCAGAUGACCUGAUGGCUGCUGCCGAUCAUGCGGCAGGUGAAUAAAGACUGACGCCCUGACAUUUCCCCUUUUUUUCUAGACCCAUCCUGUUGUUCUGCCAUCUCACUCCAUUUGUGUGUGUGUGUGUGUGUGUUUCCUGGCAACAGGAGUUUGCGAGUCGAUUGCACUACCAUGUGGUGAAGGAAUACAUCGGGCAGCUGAUGAAGAAUAACUACUCGUGCAAGAACCGCAAACACGAGAAGGCAGCGACAAAGAUCCGUGCUCAGUGGGAUGAACUUAAAGAUCUGUUUGAGGAAAUGGUAAAAAAAAAAAAAAAAAAAACACUAUAUGUUCACAUCAUCCAUAUUUUACACUUUUCACACUAUACAGUCAUUUAAACUAUUAAAUUGAUGCACAUUCGCCCUAAUUCCAACCUAACAAAACUUAAGCACACAUCCACUUUUAAGCAAUCCCAGCUCAUUUUUUAUAUUUUUUUAACUUGACUGCAUAUAAAAAAGAAAAUAUUGUGCCUCUUACUGAAUUAUCUGAAAAGUAUCCUGAACAUAUUCAGGGUUCAUGUUUGGUGUAUUUAGUACAAAAUGGUGUUUUUGUCCUGUGACAAAUGUGUUGCCCGUUUCUGCAUUUCAAACAUCUUUCAGUUGUUCGUGGUUCCCCCAAAGAGAUAUUUCUGCUUUUAACUUGUGUAAUAGUUUUAAAAAUUGGAGAAAUAAAUAUUCAGUAAUCAGAAAGUAAACAGAGAUGAGUCAAAAGGUAGAUUAAGUAUAGUUAGUCUUUUUUCCUCUGCUGUCAGUCAUCUCAGAACUCCUUACAUUUAUUAUGUUAACCUUGCAAGAGGCCUGGCCCUUUAAUUUAAAACACCUUAAAGCUCCUGUGGGUAGUUUUUUUUACAUUUGUAAAAUAGGCUGGAAUUCACAUUUAUGCUUUUUAAUGAUAUUCAAAUGCCAACUAGACUAUAAACAACAAGAUUGAAUAUUUUAUAGAGCAAUUUUUUAAUACCUGAAACUGGUGCGAGAGGGUAGGCGUCAGCUAGGCAGAAAACUGUCUUGUUUUUAUAUUUUCCAUGUAGAAUAUGUGCAAUAAAUUAUAAAUAUGACUGGCAAAAGUCAGCAGAAAGUUUUUUUUGUCAAAAAAAUGUAGCUUGAGAAUGAUGAGGGCAAGCUAGGAGAAGAUUGCUUCGUCCAUAGCGGGCACCAAAACUGACAAAAUCCACAAGUUGCUCACUGGAGCUUUAAUAGAACUCGACAUAUGGGUUAAUGCUAAUAUGGGAUCAAGGGUUUAUUGGUUUAUUUUUACCUUAUUUAAAGGAAAUUCAAUGUGAAUAGAAUAAAUCAUAUGCAAAAGUGAACUAGACACAAAGGGGGGCUUAUAAACCAACACAGAUGGGAUGAAACACAAAGGAUAAAGAGUGAUGGCAAGUGUGACACAAAGCAAUUGAAACUAAGGAGGGUAAUCUAAUAAGAGGGAAACACACAAGAGCAGGAAGUGAAACAAAGGGAGCAAGGACUAUAAAAUUAAAAAAAGGAAAUACUCGAGACUUAAGAAAAAAGUGAAAAUGCAAAACUAGAGAAACUGAUAAAGAUGAGAGACAAAAUAAAACAGGAAAUGACUGAGAAAUACAAAACCACAAAACUUGGGAAAUUCAGAACAAAAAACCAUAGCAACACUCGACUUCUGUUCUGUCCAGUUUGACAAAAGUUAAUCUGAGAAUUACGAAAAAUAAACGUACAUACUGUCUUGCCUUGGUAAAAAUUUUGCAGUUGGGGAAUAAAAACAUAUUUUAACUUUUUUUUGUGUUUUCUAUUUAAGAAUUCAUCUCACGAAUGGCUCCACCAUGUAGGAGAUGAUCUGAGCAACAUCAUCAUACAGAAAAACAAGGCGGACAUAAAGGACCACCUGCAGCCUUUAGUGGAGCACUACCCAGACUUCAGGUGAGAGUUUCACAGAGUUUAACCCUUUCCAAAACCUCCACACAAACAUCCGACCACAUUAAGUUCCGUCCAAAAUCUCUGAGCGUUAUGUGGUGGCAGUGUUGCCUCAGACCCCUCAAAGGUCAAACGGUUCAAGGCGGGUCGGGACUUUCUCUCCUCUGACGGUUUAUUUCUCAUAAACAGAGCUGCUUUGUAAAAGCGAAACAAACAUGGAGGAGACUGACACGCCUCAGCAUGUCUGUGUGAUGAAAAGCAAAAGUUUUGUGAGCUUAGAGGAUCAACUUGGACAGGAAAAAGUCCAUGGUGAUGAAAUUUAACCAACAUCCUGAAUUUUAAUGUCUAUUUGAUGCUGUAAGUUUGCUGGGGAACAAAAAAAUCCCCUCUGUGAUUAUGUAAGAGUUAAACUGAUGGAGGUUCAGACAGAGGCUAGUUGAUUUGUGCAGAAAUUAGUUGCAAUAGAUGGAAAUUCAUCUGAUUGGACUUUGAAUAAUAAAAUAAAAAAAAGAAUAGAAAAAAAAUGUGACUGAAGUCAAAGAGAAAAACUCUUUAGUUACUGAUCCACUCCAAACAGAGUCAGUGAUUGUUUGGCUGCCUCUAAUGUUUACAUACAGACCUUGACAGUGGUCAUGAGAAAACUGGUCCAAACACAAACAGGCACAACCUCUGCAGAGGACAUGACUGUGGUGCGAGUCCCAUGACAGAGUUUGUGGCCUAAAUCCAAACACAGUUAUCACUGAAUAGUACCGUAUUAACCAGAGUCAACCAGAGCGCACGUGUGACAUCUGACACCGUGUUUGUGAACAUCUGGGUGACGUUUGACUGCAGGUAUGUGAGGAGAAAGGCGAAUAUGUGAGGAGAUUUUCCUUGUUUGAUCACUAACAAAUUAAACUUUAAACAUAUUUAGCCCAACGUACAUAAAAAUUCAUGAUACAGACAGCUCACGCUCAACUAACCUAUUGAAAGAAACCCAAACCAAACCCUUCUUAUGAUUUUUAAUCCACGUGUUCUUCACGACUGAUAAGGAAAGUAAGGUUUUUAGAUUUAAACUAAAUCUGCUGUCCACUCAGACCAUGUUUCCUCCAUCAGAGAGUCAUGACAGAAUCUCUGAACAGUCUUCAACAGUGGAAGAGAAACAAACUCUCCCACCAGUUUCCUGCUCUGAAGGAAACAUCUGAACUCUUCAUCAUGGACAGCGAGACCAAACUCUUUAGAAACACAUCUCUCAAGUCAAGGACUAAAGAAAUGAUCCCUGAAAGUAUAGUCUUGGUUUGAGCUGGAUGUUUCUCCAUUUCUUUUGUCUGGAGACCAGAACUUUCACUGAUGGUCAUCUAGAGGCAAUCACUAUAUGUAGUUUUCCUCAUUCCUAUCAGGGAAAAAAUUGGACUUUGAGGAUUUUUCCAACAAAAUUGUGAAAGACUCAACUGUAAAUUCUUGUUUUUCUUACAAAAAUCAAUUUUCAGCCUUCAAAAGAUCAGGGCUGGCCACUUUCUUUUCUUGACUCUUGCUGCUCUCGAAUUCUUGAAAGUCUAAAACUCUCGGAGAAGUGCAAGGUGACAUUUAAAAAUAGACUUUUUAAGACAUAAGCAAUUUUGAAGUUUUAAAACUUGCAACAUCACUUAAAUGAAAACAGGAACGAACAGACUCACCCAAAGUUAUGUUACAAAGACUGUAUGAAAGUGAGGGCUGUUAGGAAACAAUCAAUUUAUCACUUUUUGUCAGGUGUAAGCACAUAAUGAGGAUCCUUCAGAUACAGGAAAUGAAGUUUGGUGUCUAUUUAAGAGACGUAGACACAUUUUUGGUCAGUGACUCUCAGGAGUUGACCAUCAGUGAAAGUUCUGCUCUCCAGACAAAAGAAACUGAGAAUCAUCCAGAUCAAACCAAGACUAUACUUUCAGGGAUCAUUUCUUUAGUCCUUGACUUGAGAGAUGUGUUUCUAAAGAGUUUGGUCUCGCUGUCCACGAUGAAGAGUUCAGAUGUUUCCUUCAGAGCAGGAAACUGGUGGAAGAGUUUGUUUCUCCUCCACUGUUGAAGACUGUUCAGAGUUUCUGUAAUGACUCUCUGAUGGAGGAAACAUGGUCUGAGUGGACUCUGAUCCUUGAAUAGUACUUAUUGUGACUGUAAAAGUUAAAUACAUCAUAGUCUAUGCUAAUCAAAAAUAUAAAUGCAACACUUUUGUUUCUGCUCCCAUUUUUCAUGAGCUGAACUCAAAGAUCUCAGACUUUUUAUCUAUGUUCACAGAUGACCUAUUCCUCUCAAAUGUUGUCUAAAUCUGUGUUUGUAAAUACUUCUCCUUUGCGGAGAUAAUCCAUCCACCUCACAGGUGUGGCAUAUCAAGAGGCUGAUGAGACAGCAUGAUUACUACACAGCUGUGCCUCAGACUAGUCACAACAAUGUGCCUCAGACUAGUCACAACAAUAUGCAACUAUAAAAGGUGCAGUUUUACUGUAUGGGGGGCGACCAGGUGGAUUAGAAAACCAGUCAGUAUCUGGUGUGACCUCUAUUUGCCUCAUGCAGUACAAAACAUAGAGUGAAUCAGGUUGUUGGUCGUGGCCUGUGGAGUGUUGGUCCACUCCUUUUCAAUGGCUGAGUGAAGCUGCUGUAUAUGAACAUGCUGUCGUAUACCCCGAUCCAGAGCAUCCCAACAUGCUCAAUGAGUAAAGUGGAUGCACCUGUUCGAGUGGCCUUUAAUUAUGACCAGUCUAAGGCACACCUGUGAAGUAAUCAUGCUGUCUAAUCAGCAUCUUGAUAUGCCACACCUGUGAGGUGGAUGUAUUAUCUAAGCAAUGGAAAGGUGUUCAUGAAGACAGAUUGAGACAAAUUUGUCAACAACAUAAAAGAGAUCUUGAAUGUACGUAGAAAAAGUCUUAGAUCAUUGAGUUCAGAUCAUGAAAAAAGGGAGCAAAAACAAAAGUGUUGCAUUUAAACUUUUGUUUAGUAUUAAGUUAAGAUGUUAUUGAAAAGAAGUAAUAAGAAAAAAAAAUAUUGUAAUACUUAUGUUUGGAGCAGAGACUCUAGCAUUACUUAUCAUUAACAGUUAUAACUCACUACUAAUAAGGAUCAGAGUCCACUCAGACCAUGUUUCCUCCAUCAGAGAGUCAUGACAGAAACUCUGAACAGUCUUCAACAGUGGAGGAGAAACAAACUCUUCCACCACUUUCCUGCUCUGAAGGAAACAUCUGAACUCCUCAUCGUGGACAGCGGGACCAAACUCUUUAGAAACACAUCUCUCAAGUCAAGGACUAAAGAAAUGAUCCCUGAAAGUAUAGUCUUGGGUUUGAUCUGGAUGAAUCUUAGUUUCUUUUGCCUGGAGAGCAGAACUUUCACUGAUGGUCAACACCUGAGCAACACAUUUAGUCCUCCUCCCAUCCCAGUUUUGACUGAUGGAGGGUCAUGACUAUGUGAUUAAGUUAGGAACUCUGUAACUAUCACAGGAGAACCACUGACAGUCAUUUUGUACACAUCAAUCCUCAGCUUAAUUGACCUUCAGCAAUAGAAGCAGGAGCUAGGUCUUUAAGGAGCUCAGGAAUUGACCAUCAGUAAAAGUUCUUGACACCAGACAUAAGAGGUUUAGAAACGUCCAGAUCAAACCAAGACUAUACUUUCAGGGAUCAUUUCUUUAGUUGUUGACUUGAGAGAUGUGUUUCUAAAGAGUUUGGUCUCGCUGUCCACGAUGAAGAGUUCAGAUGUUUCCUUCAGAGCAGGAAAGUGGUGGAAGAGUUUGUUUCUCCUCCACUGUUGAAGACUGUUCAGAGUUUCUGUCAUGACUCUCUGAUGGAGGAAACAUGGUCUGAGUGGACUUUUUUACUCUGUUAUUCUAACAAUAAUAAAACCCAAUAAGAAAUCUUCAACCCCGAUGUCCACAAAUCAGGAACUUACAUUGCACAAGAGAUCAGCUCAAACUAAUCAAGAUAAAAACAUAACACUUCAGGGCCAAAAAGAAAGAAUCCUCAAGAGACAUAUUUAAUAUCAAAAUGGACAAAAAAGAGCUUUUAUAGCAGCACAGUUUACAACAGAGGAUCUGUACUGUAUGUCAGAAGGUUACACUCAGACUGGAGGAUGUAGGAUGGUUCAGACAACAGUCUUUGAGCUUUGAGAAACACGACACUCUCAAACUUCAGCAGCAGGUAAAGAGGUCCACCUGAGGUUGUGUUUCUGCAACUCGGCUCCAAAAAGUGUUUUAUAGUUUUGGAACUUUAGUUUCCAAAAGUCCAAAUAAGAUAAACCGAUCCUCUGUUAGUCUGCUGCUUUAGUGAACUAAUGAAAACAAAAAAGUCCACCUGCACAGGUGUUACUGCUUUCACUGACAAGAACUAGCUGAACUUCUGCUUGUUCCUACCUCAAACUCUUACGGUAAACUGUGAAGAGUUUUUAAAGUAUCCCUUUUUUUACUCUUGUAUUUUUAUGAUCUAAAGCGAACUGAUAAUUCAAAUUUAUUUAUGGUGUUUGUGUCAAGACAAAUCCUGUCUUAUGCUCCCACAAAGACACGUGCUUGACUUAACAGAACUCAGCGUCCACUCAGACCAUGUUUCCUGCAUCAGAAAGUCAUGACAGAAACUCUGAACAGUCAUCAACAGUGGACAAGAAACAAACUCUUCCACCAGUUUCCUGCUCUGAAGGGAACAUCUGAACACUUCAUCGUGGACAACGAGACCAAACUCUUUAGAAACACAUCUCUCAAGUCAACAACUAAAGAAAUGAUCCCUGAAAGUAUAGUCUUGGUUUGAUCUGGAUGUUUCUCAGCCUCUUUUGUCUGGAGUCCAGAACAUUCACUGAUGGUCAACCCUGGUGACAGACAUAAGCACUUCUACGAUCAGUGAAAUUUUAGUGACCAUAAUAACUGACUGAAUCCCUGCCCUCUUCCUUUCUCUCUCUGCAGUAAGAAGCACCUGGUGGCUGUCCUGUAUUUCAGAGGCCUGACAAGAGGUCGAGAAUACCAGCUGAUCCUCCGGCGACUCUCAGAGCUGAAGAAGAAACAAGGCAACGACGUCUGCGACAGGAACCACGUUUUAUUCAGCGGCAUGCAGGUCGCCGUCAACACAGACUGUUUUUCCAAUCUGCCCUUCUCCUGCCUCAACUUCCUGCUUCCCAACAACUAGAGCAACAAGCGGAGACUAAGAACUCUGAAUCUAAGAGCUUGUGAGAGUGUGGUGUGACACACAAAUGGAGGGGAUUUUUAUCAGCUGAACUGAGAAUAUCUAAACCUUUUGCACAGAUGCUACAGAAAUAGAUAGAUGCGGUACAAAGAGACAAUAAAGUGCCAACUUUUUAGAUAAAAAUGUAAAUUUCACAUAUCCAGUAAUGAUCUGCUGGUUUUUAUGGUACUAAAUGAAGUUAAAGACAGAAGACGCAUUGUCAAAAUUCUGAUGCUACCCAUAGCAGCUGCAAAAUCGAUCCUCCAGACAGUGAUGGAAACAGACGGGUGAAGGCUGCUAAGAUGAUAGAGCUGGAUGAAGACAUGACCUGGUGAUGAAAAUAGGUAAUAAAAAAUGAAAAAGCAUCUUCAGCUAAAGCGCUAAAGAGAGUUUAUUGUCAAAGAGACUCAGCCACAUCAGACAGGUGUCAGACCUCGAACAAACCACAGUGUUUGGAGUCAUGAUUUUGUCAUUUGUAGUUUUAUUUUUACAAGAAAAAUUGCAAAAUGAGUUUAUACCUACAGUAUGCCUCUCUCUCUCCUGUCGCUCCCCCUCGUUCCCCUCACCCCUCUCUCCCACCUUCUGUCCUCCCACAUAUGAGGCCUCCUGGUGCGGUUUCCUCUGCCUGAGAACUACAAUGCUCCCCCUGAAGUUCAGUGUCAAAUUCAGAUUCAUUGUUUCUCUAAAACCGCUGAAUAAUUGCCAAAGUGAACCCUGUGGAUGAGGCAGUCCUGGAUUGUACCAGGACCAGUUCGACAAACAAAUGAGCUCGGAGUGGGGUGAACAUUUGAGUGCUUUUUCCUUUGUACUCAUAAUCAUCACAUAUUCAACACAGACUGUUCAUGAGGCGAAUGCUGCAAAGCUUAACUUUGACUGUUAAUUCACAAACUAGCAAAGAGAGAAGGGAGUCUGUGGAGGUCUUGAGGAUCUAUCCCCCCACACAAGUUACAGUCAAGUUGCAUGAACUUCAGUUUUAAUCAACUGAGACUCAAAAAUGAGUUUACUAACCUAGUCUCACUCAGUAAGUUAAACAACUGUGACUAAUAAAGCUUUUUCACGUUUUCUGAUCCCAGCUCAGCGAGGAGGAGGAGUCAUUACCGGGAAAGAAAACGUUCCUCAAACUAAUCAGAGUGACGUUCAACAUGGAGAAAAGGGGGGAUGGGGAGAGAGAGAUUGUGCAACUUUCUGUGCUAAAGCUUUCAGCAGAUGGAAGGAGUAAAAUUGUAAGUUUUAGAGCCAAACCGUUCUCUGUGGGAGAGUUUUUCUCAGUAAUAAAAACACAAAUAAUGGAGCUCAGUUUGAGUUGAGAGUCUCAGACCUGCUGAUAAAAAAAUUUGAUGCUGUUUUGUGAGGAAUUAAACCUGAAAGAUGAGGAAAUUUUAUGUUUGAGUUGUGCAAGCCGCUUUCAAACUGAAAUAUGAGGAUUUUCUUGUGAACUGUGCAUGACUUUUGUCUUUCUCUUGAAUCUCUGUUUUCGUGGGAUCCUGUUAGAUUGAAAACCUGAUUUUCUUUUUGCACAUUUGCAGUAAUUGUUGUAUUCCUGUUCUUCUUUAUAUUUAUGUUCUGGUUAUCAAACAGGACGUGUGAAGAGUUUGUUUUGAAUCAGGGUUUAAAGUUUUUCCCUCAUUUGAUGUCUUUAUCGGGUACUUCAGCGUCUCAUGAAUCCUGUGAGACAUCUCUGUUUUAGAUUCCAAGUGUUUAUUUAGAGGCAUCAGAGAUUAAAGAGAAAAACUGAUGAGUGAAAUGUGUUUUAUCGUUUUAUAAUAAAACAUCUGAAACUGA